UGGCCGGCGCAGCUCCGAAAAGGAAAGUAAGCUGCAUAACCCUGGGUCGUUGAGGAGUCCGGGUUUGUUUGUUUGGUAGCUCCGCCUAUAAAAUAAAACCGGGGCCGGCCCGCUUGCCUGACAAACCGCUGCCACUGGCUCCAGCGGGCAAAGAGAGAGAAGGUGCACCUACCUGCAACCCUGGAAGCCUCCUCACCGGAUUUCUCGUGCAACCACAACGACUUGUCGGACGCUGGAAAUCCUCCCACCACCGCCCCUCACCCGGCCGAGCCAUCUGCCCUUCUUCAAACUGCCCAAUUGUGGCUUCCCUGUGUCGAGAACCCCAGACACACAGUACAGACAUCUGGAGCGCCGACGGUCGGACAACGACGGGCACCUGUGCAGUCCUGCGAUAAGGUAGCCGCCUGGAGUGCACAAAAGCUCAACCAUCACAUCCCGCCCCUGGAUCGAUCAAAUCGUCGUCGCCCUCAUCCAGCAGACAGACAGACCCCUUCCUGCGAUCACGGCCACAAAGACCAACGAUGAUUAAUACCGACGCACUUCCUUCGCUCUUGACAGCUCUGCUCCGUUUCAUUUCUUGAUUUCGUCUUUCUGCCGGACCGCCACUCUUCUGCUUUCUGCCCUAUUACGAAGUCAACCGGCCUCCCCCGCCUGACACUUCUUGGACCGAAACCAUCUGCAUUUUCGUUUGUCUUCGGAAACUUCGAUACAUAGGCAGACACGAAUUUUCUAUUUGCGCUCGUUAGAAUAAAAGUCGCACGAUGACGGCCAUUCCCUCUGCUGUGGUGACCGAUAACCAGCGACUGUCGUUUGCAAGAGUUGCCGCUGCAUCAGCAUCCAAGGACAUUUCCACCACUACUACCAUUGUGAAAUCACCAGGUCCAUCGCCGCCCAAGGAGAAAAGGGAGACCACCAAGAGCGUCGAUGUUCCGGUUCCGCCAGUAGUCACGGCCAACCCCGCGCUCGAAAUGUCGACCCCGGAAUCGAACAUUUCACCAGCUGCGCAGAAGAUGGCCAGCACGGCUCAGUCCGUGGAUGCCAAGGUUGUUGAGGGGUUGAAGGAUUUGAAGCUCGAGGCGUCACCGUCUAACGUCGUUGUGGCCAACGGGUCUCUGUCCGGCGCCGUGGAAAGGUCGAGCAGAGCCAGCAACGGCCAAACACCAGCCGACGACGUUUCGCAACGAGCAGACUCGAAUUCCGAGCUUGGAACGAAGCCGCCCAGUCUUGACGGCAAAAGUAUCACGUCCGGGACCACAUUCGCUCUAGACGAGAAGGAAUCGCUGCGUCCUGAUGACAGUGCCAGCGUGAAGGCUGCGGCCGAGGACGACGAUGCGUUUUCCAUUCGCGGCUCCUACAUGGCCAGCUCGCGCAUGGGCUCAGACGUGGCCGCUCGCAUUCACCGCAUCCAGAUCGGCGACAUGCCAUCACGAGCAGCGACUGCCCACCAUGGCCUGGUUGGUAACAAAAACCAGGGAAUCGUCACCCCCCAAAGUGGUGUCUCCGACAAGCAGCUUACCUCAGAUGCGAAGCUGCCUCUUGUCAGCGGAGCAGUCGUGCCUGAUGGGAUGGCAAACGGCUUCCUGAGCCAACACCCAGACGAGAAGCUGUUGGAAGCUAUGCAGUCCCACAAGGACCGCAUCUUUCUUUUGCGAUUGGAACAGCAGGUGAUCGAAUUCGUACAGGAUUCAAAAGAGCCUUUCAUGGACCUGCCUCCAAGCAACUCAUUCUGCAGAAUGCUGAUGCAUAAACUGGCAGACUACUACCAUAUGACACACUCCUUCGAGUCCCAAGCUGGGGCAGUGCGUAUCUUUAGGACGCCCUUCUGCCGGAUCCCUCCCUCUCUGUCUAGUAUUGCAGCAAACACUCCUAAUAGCAGUUCUCCGGCACCCGCUGUGAUGCCGCGAAAGAUCAUGCGUCGGGGUGAGGAUGGAGAGUUUGGCCCCGCAAGUGCGGCUCCCUCUAAGCCAACCUCGGAAGCUGGCAGCGAUGGCAAGGACAAGUCUGUCCCUCGGGAGAAGUAA